GUGACGCCACUGAAACCGGCUAACUUUGUCCUGGAGUCGGUUUGUGUGGCUGGCGGGAAACCAGUGAAAACAGGUAAACCAUCAGUGUUUGAUCCCAGGAUGAAAUGCAGACAGCUGCGAUGGAUCCAGCGGAAGAGCCUCCGUCGAUGUUGUGGGGACUGGAUCCGGUGUUUUCCGCCUUCGCUCGGCUGUAUAUCAGAGACAUCCUGGAGAUGACGGAGUCCACCCAGGUACCAGGGAUUUACUUCUACAACCUGCACCCGAUCUCCAAAGUCGAUGUGCUGGGAACGGUGGUCUACAAGAGGGAGAGGGAAGACUUCUUCUGCUAUGGAGUGGAUGAUGGUACGGGUGUUAUAAACUGCCUGUGCUGGAAAAGUGACCUCCUGAAAGAGGAGCGGGAGCCGAGCAAGUCAGGGGCACAACUCGGCGCCGCGGCUCAGGGAGGCUUCGACCCGGUGGAGGAGCUGCAGAAGCUGAGACGAGCCCAGCGGACGCGCUGCCGCCUGGAGAUCGGAGAGCUGCUCCGAGUCAGGGGACCGGUGAAGACGUCGAGGCAGCAGAGGGAAAUCAAGGCCUCCACCUACUAUAAAGUGAGCGACUCGGUGAUGGCGGUGCAGAUUUCCUGGAUGAUGGAGGCUCCUCAGCUCUACAGACAGUGUUACGACAAAGUGCCUCAGCUGGAGCCUGACGCGGCGGGAGACUCGGCUGUCAGCUCCCUCAGCAGGGCAACAAAGAUCUUGAAAGACUUUUUAAAGCAGAAGUCGGUGAGCAGGUUCAGACCCUACGAUGUCCAGGACCUCCUGCAGCCUCUGAUCUCCAGCCAGCCUCAGGCAGCAUCCGCUGACCAGGAGCCUGUCGCGGGUCCGUCUGCGUGCCAGCAGCUCCGUCAGCUCCUGAAGGAGGCCCUGCAGAUCCUACAGGACGAGGGUGCCGUGUACCGCAAGGUCAAGUCCCAGGACGAAGUCUAUCUCGUGAGCGUGCAGGACAAGGAUCUGCUCGUGGCCGUCAAAGACAUCAUCAGGGAGGACUCGAGGAGGGAGAAGUACGUGGAGAAGGGCUGCCAUGUCCUGCACAUCCUGUCAGCAGUCAGGCAGCGGUACAGCCUCAACGUGAGCCGCGCCGCUCUGGAGCUCGUCCUCAAGACGCUCGAAUGCAACAGUGACAUCAUCAGCACCAGCGACAGCCACUACACCGCCAUCUGAGGAGCUGCCGCCGGCCCCGAGCAUCAGCGCUCGGUGCAUAAAUCAUGUUUAGCUUUUACCCAGCUGCUGUAUGAGCGCACAAAUGUUAAAUAUUAAGUUAUUAAAGUUUCUAAAAACCAUGACAACCACAUGUAAACAAACCAUCACUGUUGUAAAUAUAUGUUCAGUUUUUAAAUAAAUAAGAAACAAAGAUGGGCCUCGAGCGUGGCUGAAGUAGCCUGUGGGAGGUUCCCCGCGGCAGGCCAAGUCUCCUGGGCUCCAUUAAGCACGUCUGCUCAAGAACAUCAUCAGAUAAGGUGCCAAGAAGAAGAAACCCCACAUAACAUUUCCCCCGUGGCUGCCUCCUCAUAACAUCAGUCCAUUACCUCCUUAUCAGCCCGGCUCCCCCCACAAGCUUCAUUAGUCACAAACGUUACAUCCAUGGAGGAUAAACAUGGAGAAGAUGGUGUUUAAAGCAAAACUCGUGGCUUUAUUAUCGCUAGGAGGCUGGAAACACGUGAUGACCAUGAUUACACUCACCUGCUGCUUCAGGCCUUAUUCCUGAUUUCUGUCGUUGAUGAUGGAGAAUUGGAAAUUGGACAAAGAGACAGAAUUCAUAGAUGAUGAGUCUCUAUCCUACCGUUUUAACUUUGCCACAGCUCACUUAACCCGACUCAGUUUUAUAUGCAGUACUUUUAAAGAUGAGCGCUGCCUGCAGUAUGUGAGUAAAUUAUUAAAGUGAAGCAAACAGUAAUGUAAUCGA